AGGCAGGUCGUUCGUCAGUGUGAGAGAAGAGGAGCAGCAGGAGGAGACGGAGCAGUCUCCUCUCUUCUCCAGUGACGCGCUCUCAUCCCCCUCUGUCCAACUCCUCCGAAACAAGCCUCCAGGAUUCUCCUCCGUCGCUCCCCUCUUCCUUUUUUCAGUUGCACCUAUAUAUAUGUUUUUUCCCCUUUCUUUUUAUUUUAUUUUUUUUAUUUACUUUCUCUAACCCCUUCGUCGCCCUCAACACCUCCAGAGAUGUAAGCAGAUAAUGAGGACCCCCCCUGCCAUUCAAUCCUCCGGGCGUCAAAGAAGCGAACAUCCUCAUCGUCCGCCCCCCAUUUUUUUGGACCUUCAGCUGCCUUUCAACAAUGUAGAAGAAGAUGCGCUGUCAUUUUAGCGACCAGGAAGCCAACUCCAUGCCCUGUUUCUGCUCGCGUUUCUUACAUCUGCGUGUUUGCAGCCUGUGGGGUGGAAAUGAAAGCUCUGCGUAAAGGUAAAGUUUGAGGGUACCUCUCCGGUUUCCCGCUCACCUGUCCGCCUGCCCCUCUCCUCCUGACUGACUGGAAGAGGAACGUCAACAGAACAUUAGACGAACAACUUCAAAGAGACCUGACUGUUGUUCUGGUAUUUUUUAGUGGGAUUUUGCUACGUUAUUGGAGGAAUCUGAUGUGCGCAACGUUGAAGGAUAUGGCUUAAAUAAUGUUUGUGUUGACAGCUGGAGAAAGAUCCGUAACUUGAGUGUUUUUUUAUUGUUUAUUUUUAUUUUUAUCAGCAUCAGCAAUUGUCGACUUUGGUGGAAUCCCAUCUAAAUGGGAGGAUACCUGGAGGACUGAUUCGGCAGUCGAGAAAAAUGUGGAUAAAACGGAGUGUUGCGCGCAGUCCGUCUGCUUUGAGGCCAGGCAGCUGUGUGGGGCACCGGGUGUGGAUCCUGUUGGCAAUGACUCACCUCACCCUGGACUUCUCUGUUUGCAGUCCCCUCAGUCAGGGUCUGGGGAUCAAACUCACACCUAAAUCGGUGCCUCGCUCACGACCUCGCUUGCAGCCCCUCUGGGAUAUGCCCAACAAGCUUCAGUGGAGAACAGUGAGCCCGUUGGCCCGCCGCCUCCUCAACCCUGUCCCUCCACUCCAAGACAACAGGGCAGGGAUAGGGCCAAAAGUCAAAGGUCAAAAGCAUCGAAAGCCAGCACAUAAAGGACAAGCAGCAUGUAAGGAGUGCCGGUUGAGGUACUCUCGAAUAGAGACAGGUGAUCCUUUGGCUGUAAUAGCAGAAGCUCCAGCAGCUUUAUCAAAUGGGAAGUCUUUAAUUAGAGCCAGAAGGCAGCUCAAAUGGGACAGCUACGACAAGUCUCAGGAGGGCCGGACUACCACGGUGGCUGGAUUUAUUGACUGGGGACCCACAGGGACAGAUAGCAUAGAUGAUGAUGGCAAACCAGAGCCCAAUGUAACACUGUCCACCAGGGCUUCAAUUACCACAGUGGUUGCAACCACAAGCACUACAACCAGGCUCUCCCAAAGGCCGUUAACUGUGGUGACCACCCCAGAGUCCAAGAGCACCACCAGGUCCACUAUCAGCCACACGGAGACUGUCAAACCAACAAAGCCAUAUAGGGACACGCCAGGUUUGGCAGUUCACCAGAUAAUCACAAUCACUGUGUCUCUCAUUAUGGUUAUCGCAGCCUUGAUCACAACGCUCGUCCUUAAAAACUGCUGUGCGCAGUCUGGAAAUGGUCGCCACAAUAGCCAUCAGCGCAAGAUCCACCAGCAAGAAGAAAGCUGCCAAAACCUGACAGACUUCACCCCAGCCCGGGUACCCAGCAAGGUGGACAUAUUCACUGCCUACAAUGACAGCCUGCAGUGCUCACAUGAGUGCGUUCGGACUGCCGUGCCCAUCUACACUGAUGAGAUGAUCCAGCAGACGCCUGUCUAUAAGUCUGCUUACAACGGAAACAGGCCCUCCCCCACUGAGAGACAGCUGAUUCCUGUGGCCUUUGUGUCAGAGAAGUGGUUUGAGAUCUCUUGUUGACGAGCUGAAGGCCUUGUUCAUGUUCUGUGGGUGGAAGAGACUUCCUGAAUUCAUGCUCUGGAUCCAGUUGGAAACAAGACACACACAAAACAGCUUCUUUUGUAAAAUAGUGUGAUCACUCUUUGGACAGUGGUGAAGAUAUUUAUUUUUCUAGAGAUGACAAGCAGAGCAGCCACAAUGCUGCCACUCCAUAUUUCCAGAAACCUACAGUCAUUUAGAUAUAGAUUAUAUAUAGAUAUAUUUACAGGAUGUAUGGAACAAGACUGUGGACGUCACGGAUGUCUCAAGGAAAAUAUUUGACAUUUGACAAAGGAACCCAAGGAGCUGCUUUGGGUGGAAGAUGAACUGUAUUUCUGAACAAUGUGCCAAUAAUGCCACUAUGUGCCACAACCUGGAUUGAUGGAAGUUUCAACAACAACUGAUGGACUAAAAAAAAGAGCGCUCUAUUAACCCUGUAUCAACUCCAAUUACAUUUUUUUUGUUUGUUUUUUUUUUUUUUAAAGAAAUGUGAAAGUUAAACAAUGCUACAAAUGUAUUUGAAUAUGUUUUGAAAUAGUUUUAAGAAAUGUGUUGCAAAAGAGUCUAAAAGAUAUUUAUAUGAAGCACUAUUCUACUAGCUGGGGAAGAGAUGAUGGAAAAAUAGAAACGGUAUAUGCUUUAUUGAAUAGUUGAUUUGAAAACUUUGUUUCUAUAGGUCCCAUUUUAAAAACAGAAUAGUUAUGUCUAUUUUUUUACACUCUAUAAUCUGCCACAGCCCUAACAGUGGAGGUCUUAAGCUCUUGAGACCACUGUUAAUGAAAUAUUCCCAACCCCAGCUGAGAUUAUAACAAAGAAACCAUCUGAAUUCACUUAGUACAAGCCAGUUCAAUGCCCACUUCAACUGCAUGUGAUGGAACAAUUAUACCAGAUUUGGCUAAUGGAAAAUCACACAAAAGGCUUCAGUGGUGCAGCUCAUGGUAUCAACAAUUCCCACAGCGGUAAAUUCACGUAUAGAUUGAAUAUGACACUGGACUGCAUGGAACUGGACAGGACAUUCAUACUGUCUCAGGUCUGUCUAGCUCCUUUGCACACUUCAUAUUGGUCUCUGUCUCAACAGCUGUUUGGGAUAAAUUCUAAUGAAUGGUUCUGAUUUAGAGCCGAGCUGCAAUGAUAAGGGGUGGAACAGAUUUAAUUUGAGCUUCACAUUCAAAUAAUUCACGAGACAAUUUGCAUAAAUAGCAAAGAGAUUGAAAAAUUAAUCCCUCCACAGAUAGUAAUUGAAUAUCCCCACCCCAGUCCCAGAUUGGUUCACUUCUGAAUUUUUUUUUCUCAAAGCCUAAAACUCUGAAUUAUAUUCAGAAACUCAAGAAGAACAUGAGCCAAUUUGUUGAGCAUGGAGCAUGAAAUUGUCUUCAGUUUUUAAGCUACAACUGAAGAAAAAGCUGUGAAGAAGCUACAUGGUGUUCCUCAGGAUCAAAAUGAUCUGCGUCACAUGUUUUAAUACAGGAUGCCAGUAGUGAAUGAUUCCCUCACAGAAAAUGUUGUAAAGGUUAAUUCUCUGUGGACUCCGUGCAGUACUUGAGGACAAUAUUUCUAGCAUAUCAGAAUUUCAGCUAUCACAGCCAGGAUGUUCAGUGUUGUGCACAAAAUAUAUCAGUUUGUGCAAAAGAAAGCUAAGAAAAAAUAUGAUACAUAAUAGACAAAAAGUCAUAUUUGGUUCUUUCAAACAACUAAAAUACUUCCACAGUAUUUUAUUGAAGUAAAAGAAUUAAGACAAGCCAAUCAGUGCUAACAAAUUGGUUUAAACUAUCUCUUAAGUCAAGGUGAGGGAAGUCCGUGGUGAGGAAGGGCAGUAAAGCUCUCCUGAGAGCUUCCUAGCACUAAUAAUUUUACUAUCACCUUCAAGCUUCGAAAGACACAUUACCUUUGUGCUAUGAGGCUUUCGAGAAAGUUGUCUACUAAUCUACCUUUCAUUGUGCUGUGGGUUUGUACAAAGCACAAAUACAAUUCUGUAAUUGUAAACGUUUUUGGCUGCAGACAGCAAUAUGUACAGAUUUAAAUGGUAGGUUUUACUGGGUGUUCUCCAGUAAUUCACUUUGGUGGUUUUUAGACUUGUACUCACUUCCUUAAAGGAUGGAAGAAAACAGAUUGUCCCAGUGAGAUCAGUAUCUGUAAAUGUGAGCCAUUCAGGAGGUGUCAAGAUGGCUUGGGAUAAACACUGUGGUGCAGAAACCCCUGCUGGCCCAUUCACAACAUGAAGACCACUCUCAUGAAUGACCCAUACCAGUUCAGCCUCACGUGUGUCGGGCUGUGUUGCUUCUUUGACAUAACAUAUAUUUUUUUGAAUGAAAAGUGUUAUCUUACUAGUCAGAGGGUUAUGAAACUUACUGUAUAUUAUACACGUGUAAAUGUAUUUUCUAUAUAUUUGCUUCUAUUUGUGUACAGGUGUGUUCUAUUUUUCAAGACCUCUCCCAUUUUUGGGAGGGUUUCAGCUAGGUCGGGGAUAGUGUCUUUGUUUACAUGUGUAACUACAAUAUUUCUUUCAAAACACAAAACUAACCUUGUGCCAAGCUUCUUACCUGCACUUUCAAGCAGUACUUGUAUUAUAUCUUUAGCUAACCAGUAUAAUACUUCAGUAGACGCUGCAAUAGUUCAGAGACAGGACGGUGACUUCCAGGUUAAAUGUCUGAAAGUAACAGUGGUUUUAAAAAGGUGUUGUGAUCAUAUCUUGGGUUCUGCUGUAUUCAUGGUUGGCUGGGAAACCAAUGACUUGCUCUUCUUAAACAUCAUUUCCACAUGGAUUUUAAUGUGUUUAACAAAAACAAAACAAAAAAAAAACAAUUUUAAAUCCAACAGUAGCUGCCAAGAAACCAACUAAACUUGAUCAAGACUGGGUUGCAUUCAUUUAUCAUAAUUCUCAUUCUGUAUUUGUAUAUACAUAUUGCUGCCCCAGGAUCUGUACGAUUUGAGACAUACUUUACGGUAAUGACUGCAAAUAGUCACUAUUAGCAUUUAUCACCAUGUGAAAUAAUCAGGGAAAGACAUUUACAGAAAAAAAUUGUGAAAGGAAGAUGGUCUGUAAAGUACACUGUCUGUAUUUUCCUUUUUGAUGUGGCUGCUCAGUCUUCACGUUUAAAAACCCAAGGUCCAUGAUCAGAGUUGAUGAGGUUUCUGCCUUAUUUCUUUAGUCAUGUUGGUGGUAUGGCUUGGGUGUGUUUUAGACAGUUACUCCUGACACAAAUAUUGACGAACACGGUUAACCGGGAUAGAACAUGGUAAUAAUAUAUAUAUAUAUAUACACUGUUCAAUAGUUUGGGGUCACGUAGAAAUGUCCAUCUUUUUGAAAGAAAAAAGCUUUUUUUUUCUCAGUAAAGAUAACAUUAAAUGAAUUUGAAAUCCAGUCUAGACAAUCUUAAUGUGGUAAAUGACUAUUGUAGCUGGAAACAGUUCAUUUUUAUUGGAAUAUCUACAUAGAGGUACAGAGGAACAUUUCCAGCAACCAUCACUCUUGUGUUCUAAUGCUACAUUGUGUUAGCUAAUGGUGUUGAAAGGCUAACUGAUGAUUAGAAAACUCUUGUGCAAUGAUGUUAGCACAUGAAUAAAAGUGUGAGUUUACAUGGAAAAUAUGAAAUUGCCGGGGUGACCCUGAACUUUUGAAUGGUAGUGUAUAUAUUCUAUAUUUUAGCAAACUCAUGCUUAGGUCAGAGCUGUUGAAGUGAUUACAUGCAGCCUCACAAAGCUGCAAGUUAAGACUGGAGACUCAAAAGCCCUUUUCAGACAUGGGAAAUGUAACAUUGCGGCUUCAUCAUUCUGGUAAAGUGAUAAAAUUUAAUUUUCUUCUCAGACAUACUCCCCACAAUGACAGAGACAUUCACAGUAUGGUAUUUGUCACACAUGGAAGAUUGGAGAGAACAUGCAGUGAUGUGUAAUACAUAAUAAUACACUCAUAAACAAAAGACUAAAUUGUAACUGAUAGCUGUUGAUCAAAAUGUCCAAACAACUGACAGUUAGCUUAUUUAUGAAUUUCUAAACAGUGAACAUUUUGUCCAUGCAUGAUGAUAAUCAAAACAUGACUUUACUAACAGUAAUGUAAAAAUAUCUUGACAGCUGUGGUGGCAGUUCAGACAACAUAAGGACAGUCGCUUUGUGACAAAUGAUUGAACUGCAGCUGAUAAACUGUGAGUGUGUGACCACUCAUCUGUCUGAGGAUAGGGAGAAUACACAGUGUGACCUGCUGUUUAAUCCUGAUCCACCCUGUCUGUAUGUCAGGGAUAUUUUGUAAUGACAGAUAAUUAAUGAAGUUAAGGCUGUAGUUCCAUAUGCAUAAAUGUGUGCAACUCUGUCCCUUUAGAGAUGUUCUCAUGGAUCCUGCUGCUGCAGGUAUUUACUUUAACUCCACAAAUGACAGGAAACAAUUAACUAAAAAAAACCAGUUAUUUUUAUCAUAUGGUCAAAAUACAGAUAACAUUUAUUAAUUAGUAAGUCUCAUUUGGUCUUUUCUGGGGUAAAGUUACACUUUUAUGAACGUUUCAGUUUGUAGUAGAUGUGAAUAAGAACAACAAUGUAGACAAGAAAGAUGUUUUGUGAUUUUGGCACACAAAUUGUCUUUCGCUCUCUGAUGUUUUGGACCACUGUUGGUGCUGACAAAGUCUUCCCCAAAUCACUUCACACAACUCAGAAGUACUUCUCUUGCUUUUGUGUAUCCCUUAUUGUGACUGCAUGCACUGCAGACUUGUACUGUGUACAGAAAUGUCACUAGUGUCGACCUUGUAAGAUCACUGUCUGGACUUUUACAAGGAAGUGAACAGAGUGCUCAUUCAGAAAUGAGGCCAACAGGCUCAGUUGUGGAAACGAAUAAGUGGAAAGCAGUGCAUGUCUGAAAGGGGCUUUAGUCCGAGCUUUGGCCAGCAUUUCUGCUAUUUUUAAUGACAACAUUCUGAGACAUGCGAACAUAGUAACAUUGCUACAAUGAAGCCAGACAAAUGAAAACACAAGCAAGGACCAACUUCUAAUGCAAAUACAGUGGAUCCAGAAUAAGCCUGAAGCUAUCUUUGAAGUGUAAUGGACAUGGUGUUUACAAUAUAAAGUUUGGGUAAUAACUUUAUUUUCACUUUUAAAAACAUUAGGGUACCUGGAGUUUUAUUUUCACCUGUCUGAUGGUCCAGUUAGACUGACGGUUAACAACUGACACAGUGAAUACAAUGUUAGAACUGAUGGUAGUGAUGGCCAAAGCUAUAAAAUUAAGUACUUUUUUUCAGUGAUUUUUCAUGUUGCACUAAUCUGUUCUUUGCACUUACAUGCUGCUGAUUGUGAGAGAUCUGUGCCCAUAUAUUAACCAGUUGGGGCUGCACAGUGGCUUGGUUGUUAGCACUUUCACCUUACAGCUAGAAGAUCCCCGGCUCACAUCCCAGCCUUCCCAGGAUCUUUCUGCAUGGAGUUUGCACGUUCUCCCUGUGCCUGUGUGGGUUUUCUCUGGGUUCUUCAGCUUCCUCCUACCGCCCAAAACAUCCAUCCAUCCAUCCAUCCAUUCUCUAUACACCACUUUAUCCUCAGUAGGGUCACAGGGGAUGCUGGAGCCUAUCCCAGCUGACUCGGGCGAAGGCAGGGGACACCCUGGACAGGUCGCCAGUCUGUCACAGGGCUACAUAUACAGACGAGCAAUCAUACUCACAUUCACACCUACGGGCAAUUUAGAAAAAUCAAUUUACCUCAGCAUAUUUUUGGACUGUGGGAGGAAGCCGGAGUACCCGGAGAAAACCCACGCAUGCACAGGGAGAACAAGGAAACUCCAUGGAGAAAGAUCCCAGGCCCACCCCGGGAUUUGAACCAGGGAUCUUCUUGCUGCAAGGUGAAAUUGCUAACCACUACGCCACUGUGCAGCACCCAAAAACAUGCUGAGGUUAAUUGGUAAUUCUAAAUUGUCCUUAGGUGUGAAUGUGAGUGUAUGUAUUCUGUAUGUCUGGCCCUGUGAUAGACUGGUGACCUGUCCAGGGUGUCCCCUGUCUUCGCUCUAUACAUCAGCUGAGAUAAACUCCAGUCUUCCUGCAACCCUAAUAAGGAUUAAGUGAUAUAUAGAUGAUGGAUGGAUGGAUGGAUGGAUGGAUGGAUAUUAACAAGUUCCAUUUUAUGCCCAUAACUUUAUGGAAUUUGGAGAGUUAACCAUUUUGCCAAUUCUUCAAAUUGUUGUGAAAUGCUUCACCAAGGAAGCUAAUUGUAGUUCGUAAGUUUCUGUAGCACCAGCAGAGUAUCUAGUAAUUAUGGAAUGUCAAUGUGACCCUUAAAAUUGUUGAAAUUUUCUGUAACUUGCUCAUGAUGGUGUGAGAGUGAUUUCUGGUAGCUUGGAAUAUAUAUACUUAAUCAGAUUGCUGAACAUUGGGACACCGAUAUUUGUCUGUGUUUCAUAUUUCAGGGACAAGAGGUUUAAAAGUUUUAAGUUCAGUUAGCCUUGAAAAGCUUGUUUGUAUUGUUACGAGCCCUCAUUAAAAUCACAAGGACUGCUAGCUAAGAGAAAUCCACUUAGUAUUUGUGAAGGACAUUUAGACAAAGAAAAAUGUAACCAGCAGCUGUACUUUAAACAGGCACGAACAGGUGGAAGCAUCAGCAUACAUCACCCAUCUUCUGAAAUCGAAGCGAAAAGUAAAGGAAAUGUCUUACUGCUUUCUUGCCAUUUCAGUUUAUAUUCAGGAUAGCUGAUGAGUGUUUUCCAUUGUAGCUAAGAGGGAGGAAAAUUAUUCCACUCGGCUGGUCAGAUUUGAUUCAGGAAACAUUAUCUGAGAGUAGUCUAGGCAAAAGCGGGAGGGUGGAGGGGAGUGUGCGUGUGUUGCAGGGCAAAAACUUGACAUGCCUUUUUCACAACGAAUGAAUACUUUGCAGCUCCUGUUUCUGUCUCUUCGGCAACCCAUGAAACCUACGCUCUCUUCAGUACAAACAAGCUAUCAAUCAGCAAGGCUUUUCCUGUCAAGAUGAAGGAUGUGGCACAUUUACAGGGACUGUGAUUCCUGUUUGCAUGUCAGACGCACAGAGUGGAACUCAUUGGCAUAUGUGUUUUUUAAAUUAGAUGUUGGCUGAACAUCUUCGAGACUAUUUUUUUCCUGUUUUGACCCGGAUUCUUUUGGAAGUAUUUGUAUGCAAAGAAAGGAGGUAAUCUAUCAACUCUGUUUAAUCAUGACCUUUUGCUGUCUGAUUAGCUCAGUAACUAAUUACACAGCUGGCACUGACAGUGAUUUGGGGCUAUUUUUAGUUUUUUAAAACUUAAUAGGAGACUUGUACAAUGAAGUGGGACCCAGCAAAGAGGAUGAAAACAUUUGAUAAUACAGCAAAAAAAUUUAAAUGCAGACAAAAGGACAGAGCUUAUCUCUCUAGACAGAUAUGUAACUUCCUGAUUCCAUUUUUUAGUCUUCAAAAAACUGUAGCUCCUCACUCUGCUUUUCCUCGUCUUUUCAGAAAAAUCACGUACUGUGCGCUUACUGUAUCGAAAGCGGAGGGCUCCGACUCUCCUCUCGGGUCAUGUUUUUACUGUUCUAUUCACAAGAGCUAAUGCACUGUCACUGUCAGUGCUUAUCAAUACAGUCAAAGACUUGAAAAUAGAAAAACACUUUGUUUGCAGCAUCUCAAUUCUCCCAUAAUCCCUCUGCUAGAUGGAGACUGGCAAUGUGACUCAAAUCUGCCGUCGUGUCAACUAAUCCGCAUAGAGGGCCUCUAGCACUGUACGAUGCCUUCAGAGCAAAGCGCAGGCUUGCAAUUAGUGACACGGCAAGGAAAUUUGAGAUAAUAAGAAAAUGUUGACGCAUUGUUUCAUGUUCGCUGAGACUUGAUCAAAAUCGAAGUGGAUGUAGGUGCCAAAAAAUGACAUGAAAAAAUAAAUACCAUAAGUAGAGUAUAACUUUCAAGGGGUAGGAUAUUUGUAGAAUAUUUGUUUUCUUUGUUUGGGGGAGGGGGGUGUUCACAUGGGGGCACACAAUGUAAACCAUUGAAGCUACAAUCACAAUCCAUCCAUACCGUGAAGGAACCUGACUCAAGUUGUGUUGUCGCCAUAAAAAUGAAGAGUUUGUACUUUGUGACUCUUAAACUUUUUAUAUUUGUGUUUAAUAUAUCAAUGAGUACCUCUGUUAACUUUUGUAUAAGACUAUAGUAUAUACAAACACAUACAUACACACACAACACACCUCCACAAAGGGACUUCAGUCUGUCUCUGUGACGGCUAAAUGUUGUAUAACUUUUAUUUUGUGUCUAAUGAACCACAUCUCUUCCUUUUGUAGUUAUUGGUAAACGUUUCAAUUUCCAGGUGACUUUGAUUUGGUUACUCUUGUACUACUAAGCUCUGUAUUUGCAAGCACUGUAAAUGCGAUUCUCAUUGGAUUCGUCCUCUGUACAUUUAGUACUCUGAUGUUGCUAUUAAUAAAAUGUAAAACAUCACAGGCCUGUGCUAUAGGGACUUUGUUGGAAUGAGUCUGGGGGAACGCAGCGAUCAGAGCAAACAGCACAAAAUAAAAGAUUUGAAUAUGAA